CUUCCCAGAAAUAUAAUGAAUUUUAUUUAAAGUCAACAUGAGUAAAGCAGCAUUAAGCAACAAACAAAACAUCCCAUUGUACAUACACAAAUGAAAAAUAAUUUAAUGACAGCGAUAAUAAAGUUUCAUUUCUUUCCUGCUAACUUCUUUUAUGCAUCGUGUCUGUGUAGUCUCAGUUUUAUUAUUAAAUUUUGUCAUCUUCUUCCCUCUUAUAAUGUUCUCAUAAUUCUUUAUUUCUCUUCCUUUUUUCUAGUGCAAUGCCCACCACCACUACGACCAAGAGAUUUUGUAUUACAACGAAGCUGGCUAGAUACAGGACCAAAUGGUGAACAAAUGUUAAUAUCACGUUCAGUUCCGCAUAAGGAUUUUCCACCUAAAAAAGGAUAUGUAAGAGCAUUUACACACAUAACAGGAUUUUUGUUACGUCCAAUGCCAACAGCUGGCUGCAUGUUAAAUUACGUUGCACAAUGUGAUCCAUGUGGAAAGCUGCCACCAUGGCUAGUAAAUAAAGUAACUCAUACACUCGGCCCACGAAUGAUUAAAGAUCUCAGGAAGGCAGCUCUUGGGUAUGUGAAUUGGAAGCAGUCACAAAAUCAUUUUAGAAAACCUUGGAGAUAUCCAGAAGAUAUUACAGUUCCAAGAAUUCUUAUUGAUGAUUGUUGGGAAUCAGGCGAUGGAAAUGAUCCAUCAUCAACACCAUCAACGCCUGUAACGCCAGUAAAAAGUAAACCAAAGAAGAUUCCACAGAGUAAUGGUAAUGAUACAAAUGUCAAUCUCAAUUCAAACUCAAAUUCAGCCUCAAAUAGUCCGAUUACGGUACAGAAAAAGCCAUCGAAGAAAAAGUUCAAGUUUAAAUUUGACAAGUAAAUAAAUUCUCUCGGCAUCAUUUUAGACAUUCCAAAUAAGAAAAUCAUGUAUACAUAUUCAACAUACAUACCAGAAAACAUAUUAAUGUAGUUAGAGUUGUCGAUAACAAAACUUACAAAGAAAAUGAAAACAAUUUCAUCAUAUUGAAGAAAUAUA